CAAGGGCGCUCGCUGUGCGCAUGCGUGACGAGGACAACAUGGCUACGCUGUGCAGGGGGAUCACUCGGCUGUCAGCUGUAUUUCCGAUCCGCCAUGGGCUUUCUCGGGGCUACAGCUCUGGCCCAUCUUAUCAGUAUAUUUUAGUGGAGCGCAAAGGGAAGAAUGAAAAUGUUGGUUUUAUACAGCUGAAUCGCCCCAAAGCUCUGAAUGCUUUGUGUGAUGGACUGAUGACUGAAGUCAACCAGGCUCUGGACUCCUUUGAAGGGGACUCUCAGAUUGGAGCAAUUGUUAUUACAGGAAGUGAGAAAGCCUUUGCUGCUGGUGCAGACAUUAAAGAGAUGGAAAAUAGGACCUUCCAAGAAUGUUAUGGUGGAGGCUUCCUGUCGCACUGGAAUCGCGUGUCCACUGCAAAGAAGCCAGUCAUUGCGGCAGUUAAUGGUUAUGCACUGGGAGGAGGCUGUGAGCUUGCCAUGAUGUGUGACAUUAUUUAUGCUGGAGAAAAGGCCCAGUUUGGGCAACCAGAAAUCUUACUCGGAACCAUUCCAGGGGCAGGUGGUACUCAGAGGCUGACAAGAGCUGUUGGGAAAUCUCUGGCCAUGGAGAUGGUUCUUACUGGUGAUCGCAUAUCUGCUAAUGAAGCCAAGCAAGCAGGACUUGUCAGCAAAGUGUUCCCAGCGGAUAAGGUUGUUGAAGAGGCUAUCGGCUGUGCUGAAAAGAUAGCUGGGCAUUCUAAACUCAUUGUGGCAAUGGCCAAAGAGGCUGUCAAUGGGGCAUUUGAAUUGUCAUUGUCCGAAGGAAACCGUCUUGAGAAACGACUUUUCCAUUCCACGUUUGCUACGGAUGACCGAAAAGAGGGAAUGACUGCAUUCGUGGAGAAAAGGAAAGCAAAUUUUACAGAUCAGUGAACUAUCCAGUAAAUAUGUACAUGACCAAUGUGAAACAUGGAGUGUUGUAGUUUUGCAGCCAAUGAAAGUGCAAUCACACCAUGCCUUAAUUUUACCAAUGAAAAGCACUUAAAAGGUUAUAAAAUAGCCGAAGACUCUACAUUUCUAAUGCAGGUAUUCAGGACAUCGGACUGUUCUUUACCCUCUAUGCGAUUUGUGGUUCUAGUUGGUGUCUAAGGAAUAAAUGUGGUUUCUACAGAUCUGUGCCCUGGUAAAUAUUGUAAAUCAAUGGGACUUUAAUGUCAAAGUCCAUUAUUCUAUGUUAAUAAAUAAAAUGUUGAAGAAAAAAUUG